CACUGCUGGCGAAUCUAGAUCAGCUCGCCGAGGCCGCCCGGCCCCGGACCGCUCCGAUGGAAAUACACUGUAAGCACGACCCGUUCGCAGCAAUGCACAGACAUGGAGGGGUGAAUCAGCUGGGGGGUGUUUUUGUGAAUGGCCGCCCCCUCCCAGAUGUCGUUCGCCAAAGGAUCGUGGAGCUCGCCCACCAAGGGGUCCGACCGUGUGACAUCUCCCGGCAGCUCCGCGUCAGCCAUGGCUGUGUCAGCAAAAUACUUGGCAGGUAUUAUGAAACCGGGAGUAUUAAGCCUGGAGUGAUUGGAGGAUCAAAACCAAAGGUCGCCACACCCAAAGUUGUCGAAAAAAUUGCAGAGUACAAACGCCAAAAUCCCACCAUGUUUGCCUGGGAGAUCAGGGACAGGCUCCUUGCUGAGCGAGUGUGUGACAAUGACACCGUGCCUAGUGUCAGUUCCAUUAACAGGAUCAUACGGACGAAGGUGCAGCAGCCACCCAAUCAGCAGGUACCAGCCUCCAGUCACAGCAUAGCCUCCACGGGAUCUGUCACCCAGGUGUCCUCUGUCACCACUGACUCUGCUGGCUCAUCCUACUCCAUCAGUGGGAUCCUGGGAAUCGCCUCCCCCAGCACCGAGAACAACAAGCGCAAGCGGGACGAAGGUAUUCAGGAAUCUCCAGUGCCAAAUGGCCAUUCUCUCCCAAGCAGAGAUUUUCUUCGGAAACAGAUGCGAGGAGACCUUUUCACCCAGCAGCAGCUGGAAGUGUUGGAUCGUGUCUUCGAGAGGCAACAUUAUUCCGACAUUUUCACAACAACUGAGCCCAUCAAACCAGAGCAGGCAACUGAAUACUCAGCCAUGGCCUCACUAGCUAGUGGAUUGGAUGACAUGAAGGCAAAUAUAACCAGCCCUACUUCUGCAGAUUUGGGAGCGAGUGUUCCUGGGCCUCAGUCCUAUCCUAUAGUUACAGGUCGUGAGCUGGCAAGCACAACCCUCCCAGGAUACCCUCCUCAUGUCCCUCCUGCUGGACAGGGCAGCUACUCCACUCCAGCGCUGACAGGAAUGGUGCCUGGGAGUGAGUUUUCUGGGACCCCCUACAGCCACCCGCAGUAUUCAACAUACAACGACUCCUGGAGGUUUCCCAACCCUGGACUCCUGGGCUCCCCCUACUACUACAGCACUGCGGCCCGUGGGGCAGCCCCACCAGCCACUGCCACCGCUUAUGACCGCCACUGAUGCCGGAGCCCCGGCACUGGCGCUGACGGCACCACCUGGGACAACCGCGGCCAGUCACCCUGCUACAACCACGCCAGCUGCACCACAAGGGAAGGAGAAAGUACCUACUAGGAACAUUAUCAUUGAAAUUUUGCUCUUUAAACUUGGUGAACUCAUUGUUGUAUUCUUAAAUCUGGUUGAGUCUUGAAUCAAACAGAGA